UCUGCUUCUUCACAUCAGCUGUAAGGCCUGACCAUUGAGCAAUGGCUUUCGCACUCAAAACUAAGUUUCUUAUUUUCAUGUUGACUGUUUCUGGGGCUCUGGCAUCUGCCAUGUCCCGCAUAUUGGAUGAAGCCUUCGUUGCUGAGAAAUACAAGCAAUGGAUGGUUGAGCAUGGACGAACCUAUGAGAUGCAGGAAGAGGAGACUAUGCGUUUUCAGAUAUUCAAAAACAAUCUGGAAUUCAUAGAAAACUUCAAUAAAAUGGGGAAUCAAACUUAUAAGUUAAGUACCAAUGAAUUUGCUGACUUAACCAAUGAAGAAUUCCUAACGAACCUUGCUGGAUACAUGUUCUCUUCUAAAAAUGUUUCACAUAAAAUUAAAAGGUUUCGAUAUGAAAACCUGAUUAAUGUCCCGGAUAGCAUCGACUGGAGGAAGAAAGGGGCUGUCACUGAGAUCAAGGACCAAGGUUCUUGUGCAAGUUGCUGGGCAUUCUCAACUGUCGCAGCUGUAGAAGGCGUCAUAAAGAUUAAAACUGGAAAGUUGGUCUCGCUCUCCGAGCAACAACUGGUGGAUUGCGCCAGGACCGAAAGUACCCGAGGCUGCGAUGCCGGUUGGAUGGACGACGGAUUCGAAUACAUUGGUAGAAACCAGGGUCUCGCCAAGGAAUCAAAAUACCCAUACACCGGAAAGGACGGGAAAUGCAGCCGUCGAAAAGAAACUUUCAGAGCUGCGCAGAUCACUGGAUACGAAGAUGUACCUCGCGACAAUGAAGAAGCUCUCUUAAAGGCCGCAAGCCGGCAACCUGUUGCAGUGGCCCUUGAUUGCAGUGGAUAUGGAUUUCAGUUUUAUUCAGGAGGUGUUUAUGGAGGACCAUGCCGAACCAGGUUAAACCAUGCUGUUAGUGUCGUAGGGUAUGGAGCAAGUGAAGAUGGGAUUAAGUACUGGUUAUUGAAGAACUCAUGGGGCAAAUCCUGGGGUGAAAGUGGUUACAUGAGGAUCAAGAGAGAUGUUCAUUCCAAAAAAGGUCUUUGUGGCAUUGCCAAGAAACCUUCCUAUCCAGUUGCAUGAAUAUUCCUGUGGAUCAGCACUCGUUCUUGUUGUUUCCUAUAUAUAUCUGUGUGUGUGUUUAUAUAUAAGAGGUAUAAUGUCCUGAGUGCUCUUAUCUAUAAAAAAUUAACCUCGUUGUGUGGCUGUUAUCAUGUAAAUUAGCUUUUCCAAACAUAUAAAUAAAUUGGUAUUAUGGA